UGUACUUUGACAUGCAGCUUCAUCCAUGAGGCUGGUGGUCAGUCUUCCCUGUGCACCAAGUCCGGUGUGAGUCCUCUGCACGCAGCGCUGGAGGCUGGUCACUGGAACCUGGCGAGGCAAAUGCUCAAGAACAUGGGAGGUUGCCUCUAUGUAGGUGACUCUGGAGGUCGACUGCCCACAACUAUAAUGUCUUCACACCUCCGCCAGCAGCUAGAGCAGAAUAUUUAUAACAAGGAAAGGAUCCAGCUGGAGGAGCUACACUUUAAGAUGAAAGACAAAGUGGACAAGCAGCAGGUACAAGAGCUUCUCCGCGUUCAGAAGAACCUCUUUACCACUUACUGGGAGAAGAUAACUGGCGCCAGAGGGAACACAGCCACACCCCUAUGUCAAAAACCAUUCAACAACGCUCGGGUACUACUCACAGCGUCUCAAGGUGGAUUGCUGCAACUGAUCUACCUCCUGGUGAAGGUGGGAGGUGUGGGAGUUAAUACACAAGUGGAUCCUACUAAUGGCACGACUGCCAUUCACCAAGCUGCCUCUCAUGGCAAGUCUGGCAGCGUCCUCCUCCUUCUGAACCUUGGCGCUGACCCGCUGCACGAAGAUCUAUACAAGCAAACAGCUCCCCAUCUGGCAGCCAUGUUUGGCCACCAAAAGGCCUAUGAGCUGUUUAGAGAGUUCCUGAAACAACAGGAGCCUUCCUGUAGAGCUGGAACUACGCCAUCAGAUGUCAAAACUAACUUCUCAAACUACUUGAAGAUGUAUAAAAAAUGUGAGUCAAAUGAAGCACAAAUAGAGAACAACCCAAUAGAUGCCACAAUAAAUCUUCUCAAACGUACCAACAUAAGAAACUUGGUGAAAAAUGCACAUAAAGUGGCUGUUGAUUACACUACCGGUGAGGCACAAGAAGUAAAGGAAGUCAUAACGAAAGAGAUGAAGAAAAUUACAGACAAAGUUGCAGUUAUUGACAGUACGUACACUGGUACACUCACGCUGCUUGGGAGCACUGCAGACUCCACAAGGCUCUAUUGUCCUGAUGAGUAUGAUUUUAAUCUAACUCUCAAGAGCUUCUCUGAUGUCACUGUUAACAUUAUUAAACAAAGAAUGAAGGAUGUCUUGUUAAGCGGCCACAAGUUAAAGAUUGAAAUUGAAACAAAAAACCCAAGUCUUAAGGGUAAUAAAUUGAUGAGUAACCUGUACGAGCGAGUAAGAGAAACCCUUAAGAGCUAUGUACUGCAGGACGACAGACUGAGCCUUGUGCCACCUGGUGUGACCAGGACGCAGGUGGGCCUGGCACUGUCACUGGCUUGGCAAGGGAGUGAAUAUCCUUUGCUGUUGGUUGACAUUGACUUAGUUCCUGUACUAUCUGUAACUUGGCCUAAGGAGAUAAUGAGACCACCCCUCACACCCGACGACUCACAGAUGAUCCACAUCAGUAACACCGGAGAUGCAAAAUGGCGCGGCAGCUUCGCUGCGACUGAGGUGGAGGUGGUGAAGCGGUUGGAUCUUCAGGAACGCCAAGUGUUUCUCACCGGCAAGACUCUCCUUUCUUACAUGAAGGCUGAUUCCUGGAUGCCGAGAGAAGUGAAGAACCAAUUUUCUUGGUGGGACUCUCGCUACUGGAAUAUCCCUAUUCCUGCAGGAUUCUGUUUCAAGAAUUCCUUCUUGAUGCUGCUCCAAGAAAAACGAAAGAAGAGAAUCCAGUGGAAGGAAGAGAAUACAAUGACACACGUCAUGGAAGUAUUUGAAGUUAUGUGUCUGAAGACAGAUGAUACUAAACAUAUUGUGCCGGGUAAAGUUCACGCUUACUUCGGUGGAGACUAUGAGAAGCCAAAGGUGGGUGAAGGAGCUCCACAUAUAAUUGAAUUUAUCAAGAAAAUUCUCACAAAACUUCAAAAGCCUAAAGUUGGUUAUCUGGGAUUUAAACAAGGUUUCCUCAACUGAUAGAUCACCAUCUGUGAGGAUAGAGUUGUCACUGGAAUUCAUAUAAAAGUUUUAUCCCAAAGGAAGCAGUGAGUCCUUUACCAAAUAUUGUUUUGUGUGUGAGGUCAGUUAAUAUGUCAAUAAAGCUGCUCUUUUUCGUUUA